AUGAGAGUGCGGGGCCGGCUUAGGAACGCACUGCACAUCACCACUCAGCAAAGCACGCCCAUUAUUUUACCCAAGCUGCAUCAUUUUACAGACAUGGUCAUCAAAAAUGCACAUCUGAACACGCUGCAUGGAGGAACACAACUCACUUGGGCGGUCACUCAGCAGCAGUUCUGGAUAGUCAACGGCAAGCAAGCAGUCAAAAGAGUGCUUCGCCAGUGUGUGUCCUGCUUCCGGCAUCGACCUACACCCUCCAGACAACUAAUGGGGGAUCUACCAUUUCACCGGGUCAACCCGAAACGAGGUUUCGAAGCCACAGGUUUGGAUUACACAGAUGCCAUCGAAGUCAAGUCCUCCAGGUUUUAA